ACGCGGCGCUGCGGUUGGAGACUUGGAGUGAACUUAAUUUCAUCCAGCGGAGAAAACAAGAUAGAGCACUUUUGCAGAAAUGGUAGGAACGAAGACCCGCCCCCAGUUCGUGCUAUUCGGGUCAUCUAUAGUGCAGUUCAGCUACAGCCACGAAGGCUGGGGCGCUAUCCUCGCGGAUCUCUAUGCACGCAAGGCAGACAUAGUGCUUCGUGGAUAUACCCAUUGGAACUCGCGACAUGCUCUUCAAGUUUUGCAUGAAAUUUUUCCAAAGAAUGCAGAUGUACAACCUUCUUUGGUGAUUGUUUAUUUUGGUGGCAAUGAUUCAAAACGACCUGGCCUUAACGAGCAUGUCCCGCUUUCUGAAUAUGUUGAAAAUAUGAGAAAGAUUGCUUCUCAUCUCAAGAGCCUGUCAAACAAGACACGGAUAAUCUUUUUAACCUGCCCUCCCGUGAACGAGGCACAAAUUCUUGAAGUUUUUGGUGACAUUGGCCGAUCAAACAAGUUGAGCCAAAAAUAUUCAGACGCUUGUGUGGACUUGUGCAAAGAGUUAGAUGAUGUGAAGGCAAUAGAUUUAUGGACAGCACUUCAGCAAAAGGACGAUUGGCUGACUACUUGCUUUACGGAUGGAAUCCAUUUAACGUCAGAGGGAAGCAAGAUUGUGGUGAAAGAAAUACUGAAGGUGCUGAAGGAGGCUGAUUGGGAACCCAGUCUGCAUUGGAAGUCAUUACCCACUGAAUUUUCUGAAGUCUUCCCAACCAUCGUUUCGGUUCGGGAUGGGACAACCGCAAACGUCUCUGACUUUGUAUUCAAGUGGCAAACACAGUGGGAUUAGAUGGUUUAUGUUUAUGCAACUACCCAUAUGGUUCAGAUUUGCUCAUCCUGGAAACCUUGUAAUUAUGCACUGCAAUUUAAAUCCCUUUUGAAAACUCAACCAAUUUGCUGUAUUUUGGGAGGCUUUUUUUGUACUCCCUCCGUUUUGAAAAACAAUUCCUAUUUACUAUUCAAGACAUCACGAUAACUUUUGUUUGCGUGUCUUUUUUCAUUAGUCAUUUGACAAAAUAAAAUAUACUUGCCAUU